UCCCCCCAAGGCUGCGUAAUUCUGAGGAGGAGGAGGAGGAGGACGUUCCUGCUGGCGGAGCGCGCAGUGCUUGCGGUCGACGGCUACUUCGUUGACCCACGUGACUCCGGCGAGGAAUCCGAUUACUUCACUCCGUUCACAUUCAUGUACCCGUCUGGAGUGUCGAAGCUUCGCGUGCCUUGGCAGGGCGUGCCGCAGAGGGUCUCGGAAAGGCCGCACCCGAUCGACGAGUCGCCGACGGGUGCGGCGUGUGGUGGCAGCGCGCCGACGCUCAGGCGGAGAGCCAAGGAGGGGGUUGGAGAGGGCUGCCAGGAGAGAGAGGGUGCCCAAGGCAUGCGGGGGAGCACGUUCACGCAUGAAGAUCAGGGGCGGGCGUUGGCCGCCCGACAUCGAGGCCUGGUGCUCCCCAUGCAGUGCGCAGACGUCGCUGUACCUCAAUCACGGGUCGUUACGCUCCGUCGCCUCUCGCGCAGUCUCUGCCCUCGCUGCAAGCACACGGCUUGUGCGCAUAUUCUGAUUCUAUUGGUUCUUGCGCUGGCCACGAGUACCCAGCACAUGGCCUGCUUCCAAGAAAAAA